AUCUGAUGCUGUUUUAAUGAGGUCCAUCCAACGGCUCAGGCUAACUCUUCACUCUGGAGAAUCCACCAGCGGACAGAGAGACAUCAGAGGCAAAACUACUCAAACGGACGAUAAAGCAGUAAAUGGCACAUUGAGGAAAAGAAAUGGAUUCAUACGAGAACGACCAGCGGGAGGAGAGUCACCAGUGGACAUGACAGAGCGCCGUGGCGGGCUGACCAAUGGGGCGAGCCGGGAGGCGGGGCCUGCGAGGGGUGGGCCCAAGGUGUACGGCGUGGUCCAGAGGACGGGCGAGAGCCAGGAACAGGAAGUGAUGGCGCGAGAGUGGUCGAUCAAUCACCUCCGCGACGAGAUGAAGUACAUCAAGGAGGUGCGUGACUCGCUGGAGAAGGUGAGGGAGAAGAUGUAUGGCCAGUUUGGCGGGAUGCAGCAGUCUGUGGAGAAGCUCUCCAGGGAGAUCAAGGCCGAAAGCUCAUACAGGCGUAGUCUGGAGGCGGAGGUGCGGGUGCGGACAGCAGCGAUGGACAGUUUCGACCAGAUGAACAGCAGCCUGAUCUCUGCCAACAUCGACCUGCAGAAAUCCCUGCUGGAGAACUGUAAUGAGCGCGUUGGUAAGCGUGAGGAGAUGCGGAGUGUGAGGAGCUCGCGUGAGAGAGCUGAAGAGAAGCUGAGAGAGAAGGAACGGCAGCUAGCCGCAGCUCAGGAGGAGAACCGCACACUCAAACGCCAGGUGGAGGUGUCUCAGGAAGCUAGUGCACAGGCCCUGAGAGACAUGAGCAAUAAACUGGAGCAGCAGUACGAGCAACGUCUGCAGGAGGAGCAUCGCAAACACAGAGAGGAGAUUGAGGCCCUACAGGCUCAGAUAGAUAACUAUGUGAGACGCAUUGAGGAGCUGGAGGAGAACGGCAGGAUCGCAGAGGCCAAGAUCACAGAGAGAGACCAGCGGAUCGGCGAGUUGGAGCGGCUACUGGACUGCAUGGGGCGGGAGAAGGAGCAGCUGCUGCUGAAGCUGAGGGAGGCUGAGGGCCGUCUGCAGCAGCUGGACCAGAUGGACCACAGACACCCAGCCGUCAACAAGAGAGCGGGGGAGCUUGAGGAGGAGGUGGCUGAGCUGCGGGAGAGGAUCAAACACCUCAACGACAUGGUGUUCUGCCAGCAGCGCAAGGUCAAAGGCAUGAUCGAAGAGGUUCAACAGCUGCGGUCCAAAGUGGCCCAGAAGGACAUGUUUAUUGCCGAGCUGCUGGACCGGCUAGCCAUCGUGGAGUGUGAGAAUAAUGAGCUAGAAGACAAGCUGAAGUAUUUUAUGUCUGUGCAGAGUGUGUCUGAGAAAGACAAACCCCAAACCAGAGAUUUCGGAGUAGGCUGUGAUCUCCCAGAGGCCAGGUCCGACCCCAUGCCCCCUUCCCCUCCACAGCCGUCCAUCCAGCCAUUACCAUCCUACCACUACCAGCCCUCUGCCACACUCCCUCGACCCUCCCGGACCAGCCCAACCACCCCCACCAGCCGCCUGAGCAACACCCUGCUCCGCUACACCCCGGUCCAGUACAGCCAGUUCCUCCAGGACAACCCCUUCCCUCGCUCUUCCUCCGUCCUCCAAGACCAUACUGAUGGCAACGGUGAUUCCUCCGCCUCGGCCCACUCGGACAGGUCCUUUCAGGCGUCCUCGCUGCCGGACCCCACCGGUAAUGAGGAGGACUCCCCUCGAGACCCCCCCACCUACAGCCCCAUCGCCAUGACCAAACACUCCAGAGUCUACACCCCCUUCAUGAGGCUCAUGGAGCUCUCAGCCAAACUCAACACCGAGUAGGACCAGCACAGCAGCACAGUAGGACACCAGCAGAGCAGCAGGGCACAGUUAAAGGUGUAGUGUUUGACUCUGGUGAAGGAUUGUGGAUAUUUGAGCUCACUGUUCGAGUUUGGCGUCUGCGAUGUGUAUGUAAUAGUGUUUCAUCUGGUGCGUAGAGUCCAACAGAUGAAGGAGGUGAAGUCGAAAGAAGAAAACCUCACUCAGAGGCUGAUGCCUUAAAUAGUGUUGUGUUAAAAUGAGCUGAGACAUGGCGUGCACAAGGCCUUAGGAGGACAUGUUGAUGUUUGAGCUCAGAGAUGCAGUCCAGUCCAAUUACACCACACCUCUCUGCUGCAGAAGCAAUGUGUUGAUUGGCGAGAAUCGUUUAUGAUGGCCUGGCCGGGGCUCUAUAUUUGUUUCCCAUUGGCAGAGCCAGGGCUGUAUACGACCCUGAGGGUUUUACUGAACCAGAUGAGUAGAAAACUACAGGACGGCAAGCAGUAAAGUCAAGUAGUUGGAUUUGACAGAAAAGUGUAUUGAAUAAUGGACUGCACCUUUCAGUAGACCAUGUGGUCAAUGGAUAUUAUAAUGAAUAAAAAUGGUAUUUGGAGAAAUAUAAGUGCUGAUUGAAAACCAGUAAAUACAUUGUGUGAAAUAUGAAAACAAAUCUGUUAAGGAACUUUUUUUGUUUGGGAUAAGUAACACAUGCUGUAACAUACUGUGUAUCAUGUUGUAAAUAGUCUGUUUGCUAAAUACUUAACUUAUUUUCUGCCUGCACAUUCUGUUGUUGUUACUUUGCUUACAAUGAAGGAAUGAAGGAAUUACAUGGUGUGAAGGAUCAGUAAACAUUGUACAGCUUUAUAUUUAUAUAUUAAUUUUCUUUACUUUUGCUGAAGACCAUUGUUUCUGAACUAAUUAAAACACAUCAUUUUGUAUACCUCAAUGUUUUGAAUAUAUUUAUAUGCUAUACCAUGUUAAAUACUGAAUCUGCUUUUGAUAACUUCACGGAUGUUUAUGAAGGCAAUGCAACCUCCAUUGGGAAGAAAUUUUUACUGUCACACAUGUGCCAAUAGUGUUUAUUUGAUAUUGCCAGAGCUGGGACACAACUCACAGGGGUCUGGAGCUAAUGUGCCUUCCUCCUAUAAACUCAUACGACUGUAAUGUUCUGGUUCCUCCUGCAGUCUAAUGUGAUCAACUCAUACGACUGUAAUGUUCCGGUUCCUCCUGCAGUCUAAUGUGAUCAACUCAUACGACUGUAAUGUUCCGGUUCCUUCUGCAGUCUAAUGUGAUCAACUUAUACGACUGUAAUGUUCCGGUUCCUCCUGCAGUCUAAUGUGAUCAACUCAUACGACUGUAAUGUUCCGGUUCCUCCUGCAGUCUAAUGUGGUCCACUUAUAUGACUGUAAUGUUCCGGUUCCUCCUGCAGUCUAAUGUGAUCAACUCAUACGACUGUGAUGUUCCGGUUCCUCCUGGCGAGUAAUAAAAGAGGAGAUGAAAGUU